UGCAUUACUCUAGCCAGGCAAGCCAUUGCAAAGAAACCAAGAGGGGACAAGUCCAACACUAGUUAAACAACUGCAAAGUGUUAUCUGAAAAACAUUUCUGUGUAUGGUUAUUAUGUGGUUUCUUGCAAUUAUUAUGCUCACUUUUCUGCUUGGAGUGGCGGACUGCGCGGGCACAGAACGGACCGGGGUUCUUGACACCGACUGCCCGUCGCUUUGUAAUUGUGAAGACGACGGCAUGCUUCUGCGCGUGGACUGUGUGGACCUCGGUCUCGCGGAGUUGCCGUCAACAUUGAGCGUAUUUACUUCCUACCUUGAUCUGAGUAUGAACAACCUCACCCUGCUACCCAACAGAGCCCUCUCCAACCUACACUUCCUCCAAGAGCUACGACUAGCAGGAAACUACCUAACAGACAUCCCUGAAGGGGCUUUCUCUGGCCUCUUCAAUCUCAAAGUAUUAAUGCUACAGAACAAUCACCUAAAGCAGGUUCCCAGCAAGGCUCUUGAGAACCUGAGGAACCUACAGUCUCUGCGGUUGGAUGCCAACCAAAUUGCCAGUGUUCCUGAGAGCUCCUUUAGGGGCCUGGCGUCCUUACGCCACCUGUGGCUGGAUGAUAAUACCCUAACGGAGGUGCCCGUCCAUGCACUGGCCAUCCUGCCAACUCUGCAGGCAGUGACCCUGGCCCUCAACAGCAUCACCCACAUCCCAGACCACGCUUUCGCCAAUCUCACCAGUCUGGUGGUCCUGCAUCUCCAUAACAACCAAAUCCAGUCGUUGGGUGAUAGGUGUUUUGAUGGGCUUCUCAGCCUGGAGACUCUAGAUUUGAACUACAACGACCUUGCCAUGUUUCCCACGGCCAUCAGAGCCCUCCCUAACCUCAAAGAGCUGAGUUUCCAUAGCAACAACAUCAGAUCUGUCCCAGAGGAAGCCUUCGUGGGAAACCCAUCCCUCGACACAAUAUACUUCUACAACAAUCCCAUCCAGUUUGUAGGCAAAUCAGCUUUUCAGCAUUUACCAGCGCUACGGAUGCUAUCACUCAACGGAGCCACAGAUAUCACAGAGUUUCCAGACCUCACUGGCACAAACAGGUUGGAAACCCUAGCUGUCACAGGUACACACAUCUCAUCACUGCCAGGUACCCUCUGUGACCAGUUACCCAACCUGAUACAGCUGGAUCUCUCCCAUAACCGGAUCCAGCAUCUUCCCAGCUUCAGUGGCUGCAGAAAGAUCCAGAAAAUUGACCUCAGCUCCAACCUGCUGUCCUCCGUCCCUAUGGAAGGCUUUCAGGACCUCACACACCUCAGACUCGCUGGCAACACUGCCCUGAGACACACACUACCUGUCCAGAGACUACCUAAACUCAGGGUAGUGGUGAUGCCCUACGCCUUCCAGUGCUGUGCCUUUGUACCCGGAGAAAACUCAAAGUCCCCCUACAUCUGGAAAACGGAGAACAUCAAGGACGCUAGAGACCAGAAUAACUUCCUGGUGGAGAGUGAGGUAGACGCCAGACCCCAGCACUCUGUCCACUGUUCCCCAGCCCAAGGUCCGUUCCAGUCAUGUCAGAAUUUAUUUGGGAGCUGGCUGGUGCGAGGCGCUGUUUGGAUUAUCGUCAUCCUCUCCUUGGUGUCCAACUCCCUGGUCCUGGUAUCCAUCGCCCUCUCCUCGAAAUCCCCGAUCUCUCCUACCCAGCAUCUACUGGGAGUCCUGGCCUGGGUCCACCUCCUCAAUGGCGUCUCUAGCGCCGCCCUGGCUGUACUAGACGGCAUUUCGUUUGACCACUAUACCGAUUAUGGUGCGUGGUGGGAGGGUGGGCCAGGUUGCUGGAUCUUUGACUUUUUGUCAGUCUUCUCCUCAGAGGCCAGUGUCUUCCUGUUGAUGGCAGUUUUCUUAUAUCGUGGAUGUACUGUCCGUGGCUCACAGUGGUCCGAGACUGAGACCAGGAGGAUUCCAUUGGGGUGGGGGUGUGCUCAAGGUAUCUCAGCUCUGUGUUGCUUCCUGGCUGGAGCCAUUGCCGCCUUACCUCUCCUCACUAUGGGUGAGUAUGGGGUCUCCUCUCUCUGCAUGGCCUCUCCCUACGGACACUCUUCCCGUUUGGGCUACAGCUAUGCCAUGGCCCUGGUACUGCUCAACUCCCUGUGUUACCUCCUGAUGACAGCCAUCUAUACCAGACAUUCCUGUUACAUGGACAGAGACACAGCAGAGAAAGAGGGAGUCACUGUCCAGGACUACUCUGUGACCAAACUUAUGGCCUGCCUCCUCUUCACCAACUGCCUCCUCUCUCUCCCUGUGACACUUCCCUCCUUCUCCUCCCUCCUCCAGCUCUCCAGCCCUAAGGUGGCUAAGGCCCUCCUGCUGUUCGUGGGGCCCCUGCCCUCCUGUCUGGACCCCUUGCUCUACAUGCUCCUCAGCCCUCAUUUCAGGGAAGAUCUCAGCAGGCUUCUCUAUUGGACAACACACAGGCUAAAGAAAGGGCAGCGCCACACACAUUUUUUCUCAGUGAACUCCGAAGACAUGGAGAAACAGUCAUGUGACUCCAUGCAAGCCCUUGUCUCUCUCACACUGUAAGUGGAAGAGAACGCUUAACUCCUUGCUGGUGCUAGUCCCCCUGCCCACUCCCAUGUGGAGUACACCUCUCUCCAGACUCUAACCCAGGUGACAAGCAGUGUCACAUCAGCACCAGUCUCAGGGGGACCCACACUGAAACAGUGAUGGUUAUAUAGUGACACUGUUGACAAGUUAGGGGAUGGGUAAGUCAUCAUGAGGUAUAGAUAACAUUGAGGUGACCCUCAGAUACAUACACAUGGAAGUGGUCUGUAACAGUGUUAUUUUUAAGCAACUCUCAAGUACUUGAAAUAUCAGCACACACACAGUAACUGUCACCAUACUUUGACAAUUAUAUGACCUCUGUGGAAUAGUUUAAUGAAUUAUAAUUGCUAAUAAUUUUUGUUGCAUCCCUUUUUUCUAGGUGUAAAUAUAUAUAUUUCUUAAGUAUUUAGAAAGAUUGGACCUACUAGUUGAUCUAUGGUUUGUGAAUCAUCAGUUGGCCAAUAGAGGAAAUGUAAUAUUGUCAAGUUGUUUACCAAAAAUAAUAUAAAUCAAACACUAAUGUAAGGACAUGUUUGUUUAUUGCUACAAGUUGAAUGAUAUUACCAAAUGUCACAGUAAGGUCAAAUAAGUUUUAAAUGUAGAGUGUUUGAAAUGUGGAACGUAUAAAGCAAAUGAUUUGGAUCAUGUUUGUUAUUUAUGGUCUGACUCCUAUGUGCUUGAUGGAACAUAUUCAACAUCUGUUUUC